AUGGGCCAACAAGCGUCCGUCCCUCAACCCGGGACACACAUCCAAGUCAUCGGCGCCGGCCUCUCGCGCACGGGCACCGCCUCCUUCAGCGCCGCGCUGGAGAUCCUCCUGGGCGGCCCCAUCUACCACGGGGGCACGCAGACCCUGAUGGGCCCGCCCACGGAGAUCAUCUCGUGGAAGCAGAUCCUCCAGAACUGGCUGUCGGGCGACCACGCCACGACGCUGGCCCUCCUGCAGACGCGCACCGCGGGCUACGCCGCCAUUACCGACGCCCCGGCGUCGCAGCUCGUCCCCGAGCUCCUCGAGCUCUACCCGGACAGCAAGGUCAUCUGCACCGUGCGCGACCCGGACGCCUGGGUGCGCAGCAUCCAGCAGGUCAGCUCGAUCGUGCGCCUGUGGUUCCUGGGCGCCGUGCUGCUCCCGCUGCCGGGCAUGCGGCACUUCAUGAGCUACAACUGGCUGCUGCAGGCGCAGUGGGACCGGCUCUACCGCUCGCGCGACGUCGCCUGGAUCUACCAGCUGCACCUGCAGUGGCUGCGCGAGGUCGUGCCCCCCGAUCGGUUGGUCUUGUUCGAUGUCCGCGACGGCUGGGAGCCCCUCUGCCACGCCCUGGGCAAGGAGGUCCCCGAUGUGCCCUUCCCCCGCAUCAAUGACGCCCAGGCCGUCGAUCGCAUCGCCGAGUACUACAUCCGCCGAGGCCUGAUGCGGUGGGCCGUCAUGUUGGCCGUGGUGGGGCUAGGGGGUUACUGGUUGCUGCGAAAGUAGUCGUCACUGUGUGCCUGUAGGU